AUGUUAUCAGCCCGUCGUCUCACCCGCAGCAGGGGCUCAGCCCUCCGGCAGGACAGGGCAGGCCAUAAAGGGCUGUCCCCCCCCCUGCCCUGGACACAGGUGGCCUUCGGGAGGGACCCCAGGGUGGGCAGUAUGGGACGGCUGCUGUCCCCUGGGACCUGCAUCCUCCUCCUCCUCCUCGCCCCGCUCGCCGCCGCGGCCUCAGACGCCGAGAAGACCCCGGGCUACUGGAAUGAAGGGGCCAGGAGGAGGCUGGAUGCGGCCCUGGCUUUGCAGCCAGCUGCUCGGCAAGCCAAAAACAUCAUCCUCUUCAUGGGUGACGGCAUGGGGCUGCCCACGGUGUCGGCAGCUCGGAUCUACAAGGGGCAGCUGGCCGGCGGCUCGGGCGAGGAGAGCGUCUUGGCCAUGGAAACCUUUCCCCACGUGGCCCUGGCCAAGACCUACACCAUCGACCGGCAGGUGCCCGACAGCGCCGGCACGGGCACUGCCUACCUCUGUGGGGUGAAGACCAAUGCUAAGACGCUGGGGCUGAGCGGGGCGGCCGCCUACGGCAAAUGCCGCACCACCUUCGGCAACGAGGUGGACUCCAUCCUGCACCGGGCCAGGCUGGCGGGCAAGUCCGUAGGCAUUGUGACGACCACGCGGGUGCAGCACGCGUCCCCCGGGGCAGCCUAUGCGCACUCGGUCAGCCGGAGCUGGUACGCCGACGCCGACAUGCCCAAGGAGGCGUUGCGGGACGGCUGCAAGGACAUCGCCUACCAGCUGGUGCACAACACAGACAUCAACGUGAUCUUGGGCGGCGGGCGAGCGUAUAUGACGCCCAGACGGACCCCGGACCCCGAAUACCCAGAGGACCCGGCUCAGAACGGCACCAGGAGGGACGGGCGCGACUUGGUGGCCGAGUGGCUCAGCACCAAGCAGGGCGCCCGCUACGUCUGGGACAAGAAGGGCCUGGAUGCGGUCGAUGAGGACUCCGUGAGCCACCUCAUGGGUCUCUUCGAGCCCAAGGACAUGAAGUUCGAGCUGAACCGCAAUGCCUCCACGGACCCGUCCAUCGUGGAGAUGACGGACAAAGCCAUUCGCAUCCUGCGCAGGAACCCCAACGGCUUCUUCCUCUUCGUGGAAGGUGGCAGGAUCGACCACGGCCACCACAGCGGCCGGGCCAAGCAGGCGCUGAUGGAGGCCGUCAUGCUGGACCGGGCGGUGGCGCGGGCGGGGGAGCUGACGGCACCCUCCGACACCCUGACCGUGGUGACGGCCGAUCACUCCCACGUCUUCAGCUUCGGGGGCAACACCCUGCGCGGCUCCUCCAUCUUCGGGCUGGCCCCCAAGAAGGCCAAGGACAAGCGAGCCUACACCAGCAUCCUCUACGGCAAUGGGCCAGGAUACAGCGUCCGUGACGGGGGCCGCCCAGCCGCCAGCCUCCCUGCUAGGACAAGGACUACAGGCAGCAGGCGGCCGUGCCCCUCGACUUGGAGACCCACAGCGGGGAGGAUGUGGUGGUGCUGGCCCAGGGCCCCAUGGCCCACCUCUUCCACGGUGUGCAGGAGCAGCACUACAUUGCCCACGCCAUGGCCUACGCCGCCUGCCUUGAGCCCUACGCAGGCGAGCCCCAGUGCAGGGCACCCCGCAAGGCCUCCCGCGGCACCCAGGGCUCCCCCCAGCCCCUGCUCGCCCUCCUGGCCCUCUGCGUGGCUGCCCACAUGGUGGGGGGCUGAGAGACACCCCCCCCCCCCAAGCCCUGCUUCAACCCAGGGUGCCCGGUCCCUGCUGUGGCUGGGCUCGAGGGAUGCAAUAAAACAGAGGAUGUUUGUCUUCAUCUGCCUUGUGAGGGUUUGCAGCUGUGGCUGCCUCCUAAGGAGCUGCCCUGUGCCUCAGUUUCCCCAGGUUGUGGCCCUUCACUCCCACUGGGACUGGCACUGGGGUGAAGGAGAGGGCGAGGGGCUGCCAUGUCCCCCUAGGGAUGAAGCAGGGCGUUUGCACAGCUUUGAGCUGCUGAGGCACAGCCUGGCACGAGGGCUGGUCCUGUCCCAGCAAGGGCUGCGCAGGGCAUUUCAGUCCCCAUCCGUGCAUUUAUUACUCUGGGAAGUGCUGGCCAGAAACGGAGCUGCCAGGAGCACCGUGAGUCCCUCUGGUUGCACUCCGUGUCCCCCCCACCCCAGCAAUAAGGUGGGGUGACAAUGAGGUGCCAGUGGC